AUGUCUCACCUUGACCAAGUCUGCACAACUUGGGGAAACUAUCACUUCAAGACCUUCGAUGGGCAUUUCUUCCAGCUGGGCUCCACCUGUAACCAUGUGUUGGUCUCCCACUGCGGGGGAAGCUAUGAGAGUUUCAUCAUCCAGAUGAGGCGGGGCCUGGUCAACAACACCGCCACCAUCAGCAGCAUCACCAUGAAGCUGGAUGGCUCAGUGGUGGAGCUCUCCAACAGCUCCGUCAUAUUCAACGACCAGAUGGUGUCUCUGCCACUUGUUGCCUUUGGAGUGACAAUCAAAAGGACCACAUCCAGCAUCUUUGUUGAAGCCAAUCUUGGAAUCAAGGCUAUUUGGAAUUUGGAUGACUCCUUAGAUAUUGAGCUGGAUAGCAAAUAUCAGAACCAGACCUGCGGACUGUGUGGAAACUUUGAUGGGAUAGCUAAUGAUUUUAUGAAAGAUGGGGCUGUGCUGUCUGUAGUGGACUUGGCUGAGACUUACAAGGUAAACGGGCCCACUGAGACGUGUGUGGAACCCGACCUCAGCCCGAUCCGGAGCUGUGGGGAUAAGCUGCUUUGUGAGAAGACCUUCACCAACGAUCCGUUCAGCAGCUGCCAGAACCUCCUGGAUGUGGAAUCAUUUACCAAGGCGUGCAUGGCAGACAUGUGUAACUCAGAAGAGAACACAGAGUCCAUCUUGUGCAAAACCAUCUCAGAGUUCUCCAGACAGUGCGUCCAUGCAGAUUAG